AUGUUUGUCACUCAACAGUCCAAAGUUCGGGAGCGAGCCACCUUCUACCAGAAUCGGGCUGCCGCGCUGGAGAACCUGCGACAGACUGAAAAGGCCAUUGAUGACUGCACCGCCGCACUCAAGCUCUCGCCCAAGUACCUAAAGGCUCUCAGCCGGCGGGCUCACCUCUACGAAAAGAGUGGAUCCUUGGAUCUGUGUCUGAUGGAUGCCACUGCCUGUUGCAUCCUCGAACGUUUCCAGAACAGU